AUGGAAUGGCUGAGCAACAAUCCAGGCACCGCCGCAGCUGCGCUCGCUGGAGGGGCGACCGUGGCAGCUUAUCUCAAUGCCAAAUUCCACAUCAGGAAGGACGUGUCCGUUGUUUGGUCUCUGAAGAAGGGGGAGCGCUUGUAUUCGCAAGCCCUCGCAAAGGGGCAAGCAAACCCCUGGUUCAUCCUGCUGGAGACGGUUAAGCGACAUCCGGACAUGAUCGCCCUCUGGACACGGGAGCAGUCGUAUACGUACCGUGAUUUGCAGGAACAGGCCUGUCAAUAUGCGAACUUCUUCCUGGCGAGUGGUGUACGGAAGGGCGACCUUGUUGCCUUCUACUUGCAGAACCGCGCCGAGUUUAUCAUAGCUUGGAUCGCUCUUUGGAGCAUCGGAUGUGCCCCGGCAGCCAUCAACCAUCACCUGACUAGCGAUGCGCUGGUGCACUGUCUGAGGAUCAGCGGUGCGAAGCUCACCUUGGUGGAUGAAGAUCAGACCUGUAUUGCGCACAUGGAAGAGUGUCGGGAUACGCUGGCUGGCGAGCUGGGCAUGGACCUCAUCACGCUGGAUCAGGAUUUCAAGGCGCAUAUUCGCACAUUUCCCACCACUCUCCCGCCGAAGGAGCUGGCGCUAGGGAUGAAGGGCGAAUUUCCGUCUAUCCUACUAUAUACGUCUGGGACCACUGGUAUGCCAAAGGGCUGUGCAUUUACCGUGGCCCGACUGUAUACUACAUCCACCGCUCGGCGCGAUGCAAUGGGCGAUAAGGAGGGCCCGGAUGGCGACCGCUGGUAUAGCUGUAUGCCAUUGUAUCACGGUACCGCCGCCAUGAGCCUAAUCGUGUGCCUGAUAACAGGUGUCAGUAUUGCGCUGGGUCCGAAGUUCAGCGUACGCAAUUUCUGGAAGGAUAUCCGUGAUUCGGAGGCAACUAUCUUCGUCUAUGUUGGAGAGACAGCCCGGUACCUCCUCGCGCCUCCGCCGUCACCUCUCGAUCGCAGCCAUAAGGUACGGUGUAUGUAUGGCAAUGGGCUCCGCCCGGAUAUCUGGGAACAGUUCCGCGAGCGCUUUGGUGUUCCCGAGGUUGGCGAAUUCUUCAAUAGCACGGAGGGUAUAUUCGGUCUGUUUAACUACAACCGGGGACCAUUCACAGCCGGCAGUGUUGGACACCAUGGGCUCUUAAUGCGUGGCCUGUUGCAUAAUGUGUUUGUUCCAGUUGCCAUUGACCCGGAGACAGGCGAUGUCCUGCGAGACUCGAAGACGGGAUUCGCUGUUCGAGCGAGGUAUGAAGAAGGUGGGGAGAUCCUUGUGAAUAUCCCAAGCAAGGAGGCGUUCCAGGGAUACUGGCGCAACGAUUCUGCGACAGAAAAGAAGUUUCUUCGGAAUGUGUUUAAGGAGGGCGACCUAUACUACCGCUCUGGUGAUGCCUUGCGCCGCCAGAGUGAUGGGCGCUGGUACUUCCUUGACCGUCUUGGAGAUACUUUCCGCUGGAAGAGUGAGAAUGUUGCAACUGCCGAGGUCUCCGAAGUAAUUGGCAAAUUCCCCGGUGUCCAAGAAGCCAACGUCUACGGUGUGCGUCUCCCCAAUCAUGAAGGCCGUGCCGGCUGCGCAGCUCUUCAACUUAGUCCAGAAGCCCGUCAGUCUUUUGACUAUGCCGCGCUCGCACGCUUUAUCCGCUCCAAGCUGCCGCGUUAUGCAGUGCCUGUUUUCCUCCGGCUCGUCGACAACCCGACGCACAUUCACAACCAUAAGCAGAACAAAGUCCCGCUGCGUGACGAGGGUGUCGACCCUGCUCUUAUCGGGACAAAGAUUCCUGAUGGGCAGAAUAAUCGUUUCUUGUGGAUUGCUCCCGGCGAUGAAGCAUAUACACCGUUUGGAAAGGAAGAGUGGGGUAAAAUUGCCGAUGGAAGUGCCCGGCUGUAA